AUGGUGCGUCAUGAGGCGGCCAUGGCAUUGGGCGAGGUGGCGGGGUCUGUCGAAGCUGAAGAAAAAGACAGUGAUGACAACUCUUUGGCCAUGAGAGCACGUCGAGCCCUGCUGAGAGGGUGCAAUGACCCGGAGCCAAUCGUACGGGAUUCCUGUGCUCUGGCUCUUGAUAUGGCCAACUAUGUGGCUUCAAACGAAAGAUUCCAAUUCGCUGAGGUGCCCACAUGUUAA